AAAAAAGAAGCGGAAUCCUCCCGACGCCGGAUCCGACGACAACGUUUAAACCGGGAUCAAGCGGCUACUCACGCUUCACUUCUCAAUCACUACUUCAAUACUCAGUGUGUUUAUACACCGGAGUAUUUUAGUAAUCGUUUUCGGAUGAGUCGUCCACUCUUUUUAUGCAUACUCGCCGAUAUUGAACACGAGGUGCCUUGGUUCACCCAACGCUUUGAUGCGAGAGGGCGACACGAGUUUAGUAGUGUCCAGAAGUGCACUGUCGCGCUUCGUCAGAUGGCGUACGAGACGGUAUCUGAUGCUCGCGCUAUCUCCGGAGGAUUCUCCUGCACACUCGGGGACCACACUUUCACUCUGCCCUUCGACCCUCUCCGCCUUCUGUCCUCGCCGGAAAACGCCUUCGCCUAUUUCUCCGCCGCGCUCGCCGGCGUCGUCGGCCCCGCAUGCGCCGCGGCGCUCGCCGCCCAAAUGGUCCGGUUCGCCCUUGAGAACGUCACGGUCGGGGGCUGUGUCCGGUUCGGGAUAUCCCUGUCGGCGGUCUUGGAGACGGUCCACCUCCUGGAGCCGGAGGCGGGGCCGAGGCCGCCGCGUCCGCCGGCGGCUCGGGCGGCCGUGGAUGCGCUGGAUGAGUGGAUCACGGACUACAUGUUUCGGACGUUUGGCAGCAGCUGGGGGCCCGCCGUCGGGCCUGGGUUGUCGGAAGAUGAGGUCGCCGCGCUUGAGAAACAGAGGUUCGCCGGAGAGGAGGAGGAGGCGCCGCCGUGCUCGGUGUGCCUGGAGGAGUACAGGGAGGGUGACGUCAUCACUCCCCUGUCGUCUUCCUGUUCGCAUUAUUUCCACAACGCGUGCAUCGCCAAGUGGUUGAGGAGGAAGAGGACUUGCCCCGUCUGCCGUGCUCCGGUCACCGGCGGCCGUCAAAGCUGAAUAAUUAGUCAAGGGGGCCGUUAGCUAAAUAAACCCUAUUGUUGUUAGAUGAUCGAUAAUCUUUACAAAGUUUCAGCUCUAAAUAUUUUAGAAAUAUUUGCACUAGCACUAAAACUAAAGUCAUUUC